AUGGCGGAUUUCUUCAGCAGCGGCCACGGCGGCGAGCUUAUGGAAGCACUUCAACCUUUUUACAAAAGUGCUUCCGCGUCUGCUUCAGACUCUGCGUUUGCGUCUUCAAACGCUUCAUUUGCGUCUGCACCAAGCGACCCAUUUUCUUAUUCUUUCUAUAAUCCUCAGUCUCAAAAUGUCUCUUUCUUUCCCACCACCCAACCCGAUUCCGGAUCCUACCCGGAUAUUUAUUCCGGAUCCAUGACCUAUCCAGCUUCCUUCGGGUCGGAUCUCCAACAACCCGAUCAAAACUACCAAUCUCAGUUCCAUUACCAAAACGACUUCACUUACACUCACCAAGACAACCCUUGCAUGCUCAACUUCAUCGACCCGAAUCCAGCUUUUCUAACCCGACCGGGUUCGGGUUCGGUUACAAAGCCAGCUAAACUCUAUCGUGGAGUGAGGCAAAGGCACUGGGGAAAAUGGGUCGCGGAGAUCCGUUUACCCAGGAACCGAACCCGACUCUGGCUCGGAACAUUCGACACGGCUGAAGAAGCUGCAUUGGCUUAUGAUCGCGCCGCGUUCAAGCUUCGUGGCGACUCGGCUCGACUCAAUUUUCCAGCCCUCCGAUACCAAACCGGCUCGUCUCCGUCUGAUUCCGGCGAAUAUUACGGACCUAUUCAAGCUGCCGUUGACGCCAAAUUGGAAGCUAUUUUUGCUGAGCCAAAGAAUCAGCCGGGAAAAAAGGAGAGAACGUCGAGGAAACGAGCUAAAGCUGCGGCUUCUUCGGCUGACCAGCCGGCGCCAAUGCAUCAUUCCGGGUCGGGUUCGAGUGACGGGUCAAGUUCGCCGGUGUCGGAUAUUAUGCUGCCGGAGAUGUGUGCAGAGACGCCAAUACCGUGGAAUGAUAAUUUCAUGCUCGGGAAGUGUCCCUCGUAUGAGAUUGAUUGGGCUUCAAUAUUAUCGUAA